GUGGCGGUGGUAGCGGCGCGGGCGGCCAGCCAUGAUCCCGUCGUUCCUGUGUCACCUGCUGCAUCUGGCCGCGCGCCUUUUCCGCGCCCUCGCAGAUGCUUUCUUUACAUGUCGAAAAAAUGCCUUUUUGGCGAAGAGCUCGUCCCCCCAGGUAGAGGGCAAGUUUACCAUGGCCCCUCCGGGGCCUGACCAGGAGGAGUGUGAGGGCUUGCUACAGCAGUGGCGAGAAGAAGGGGCAAGCCAGGUGCUCCCAACUGCGAGUGAGGGUCCCCUUGAUGAUAAAGGGCUGGCCCAGAGCAGCCUGGCACUCCUGAUGGAUACGCCUGGAGAGCAGGAUGCCACUUCAGAGGACAAGUGGCCCAGCAGGCAGCUGAGUGACCUGCGGGCAGCAGAGAACCCAGAGCAGCAGCCUUUCCCUGAGCUGCUAGGAGAGGAGCAAGUGCCAGAGGUUGCAGGGCCCAUGUGGGCAGCUGUUCCCAUGCAGACGGGGCCCCAGUAUGCUGACUGUGCUGUCCUCCCCAUGGGUGCCGUGGCUGCAGAGCAAUGGGAAGAGGACCCGGCAGUGGUGGCCUGGAGCAUAGCACCAGAGCCUCUGCCCCAGGAAGAGAAUCCCAUCUGGCCCUUUGAGGGCCUGGGGCAGUUGCAACCUCCCCCCAUGGAAAUACCCUACCAUGAAAUCCUGUGGCGAGAAUGGGAGGAUUUCUCUACUCAGCCAGAUGCACAGGGCCUGGAGGCAGGGGAUGGUCCUCAGUUCCAGUUCACUCUGAUGUCUUAUAACAUCCUGUCCCAGGACCUGAUGCAGCAGAGCUCAGAGCUUUACCUGCAUUGCCACCCAGACAUCCUCAAUUGGAACUAUCGCUUUGCGAACCUCAUGCAGGAAUUCCAGCACUGGGACCCUGAUAUCCUGUGUCUCCAGGAAGUCCAGGAAGAUCAUUACUGGGAGCAGCUAGAACCCUCUCUACGAAUGAUGGGCUUUACCUGUUUCUACAAGAGGAGGACGGGGUGUAAGACAGAUGGUUGUGCUGUCUGCUACAAGCCCACCAGAUUCCGUCUGCUCUGUGCCAGCCCUGUGGAGUACUUUCGGCCUGGCUUGGAGCUUCUCAAUCGGGACAAUGUGGGCUUAGUGUUGCUGUUACAGCCACUAGUCCCAGAAGGCUUGGGACAUGUCACAGUGGCCCCUCUAUGCGUGGCAAAUACCCAUGUUCUUUACAACCCACGCCGGGGUGAUGUCAAGCUGGCUCAGAUGGCCAUUCUCCUGGCUGAAGUGGAUAAGGUGUCCAGGUUGUCAGAUGGCAGUCACUGCCCUAUCAUCUUGUGUGGGGAUCUGAAUUCUGUUCCUGAGUCACCUCUCUACAACUUCAUCAGGGAUGGAGAGCUCCAGUACAAUGGGAUGCCAGCCUGGAAGGUAUCAGGGCAGGAAGACUUCUCCCAUCAGCUUUACCAGAGGAAGCUGCAGGCUCCUCUGUGGCCCAGUUCCCUGGGCAUCACUGAUUGCUGUCAGUAUGUCACCUCCUGUCACCCCAAGACAAGAGAGAGACGUAAGUAUGGCCGAGACUUCCUGCUACGUUUCCGCUUCUGUGACAUUGCUUGUCAGCGCCCAAUAGGACUGGUACUCAUGGAAGGAGUGACAGACACUAAGCCAGAGAGACCUGCUGGUUGGGCUGAAUCUGUCCUUGAGGAGAACACAUCUGAGAUGGAACCUGUCUUCCCCAGGAUUGUAGGCACGAUCCAGCACUGCCUCCACCUGACCUCAGUGUAUACCCACUUCCUGCCCCAACAUGGCCGUCCAGAAGUCACCACGAUGCCCUUAGGUCUUGGGGCGACAGUGGAUUACAUCUUUUUCUCAGCUGAGUGCUGUGAGAAUGAGAACAGAACUGGUGACAGGCUGUAUCGAGAUGGAACUCUCAAGCUACUGGGCCGACUCUCCCUCCUCUCUGAAGAGAUUCUCUGGGCUGCCAAUGGCUUGCCCAACCCUUUCUGCUCUUCAGACCAUCUCUGCCUGCUGGCCAGCUUUGGCAUGGAGAUCACCGCCCCAUGAUGGCCCCUAGAGAAGAGAGCUUCUCUUCUGGAAGAGCUCAGUGGAUCAGCAACUGUACAAAUGCUCCGAGCUGUGGAAACUUCAUCCCUUCCCCUUGUUCCCUACUUCCUGCCCGUGGUUAGACUCUCCAGGCUUGUCCACGCUCUCUGCCUGUGGUCCCUGCCUGGCCCAUACCUCUUCCUAAUCCUGUGCCACAUGCUCAGUGGCCCUGGGAGAGGUGGGAGGGGGUCCCUCUUCCUUCCAUGUACCCAGCGCUCCCCCUUGAUUUUGAAUUACCAGGGUUGUGGGAGCUAUCGAUCUCAUUGGUUAUUUGCUUUCAGGCCUUUUCUUGGUGGUAACCUCUGGGCCCAGCCCUCUUGCCAGGCAUGCACGUGUGAGAGAGAGGUGUGUGUGCGCGCGUGUGCGUGUGCGUGUGUGUGUGUGUGUGAGAUGCGUGUAUCUUCUUGGGGUGGGACUGCUCAGCACGGGCAUGCUUGUCUCUGCCCAGCCCUCUUUCCGCAUUAGGGUUAUGGAACAGGGGCUGGUAAGAGCAUGAUUCAGUAGCUGUGAGCUGCCAGAUGGCAACCAGGGUGUGGAACCUUCUCUCCUUUUAUCUUUGGUGUUUCAUUAAUUUCAUCCCGCCAGCCUGGCACACAUGUUGUCUGGGCUCUGGGAAUAAAUGGGCUUCAUGGCCUAGGGUAGCAGAUGGGGGGAUGUACUACCCAUCCUGUAGGCUUUGUACCUUCACAUCAGAGCCUCCCAUCCACCUGGCAGUUUUUUAGGAGUUGUCCAUUUCCCCAGACUUCCCUGAGGGAAGCAGAAGUUUGAACCCUUGUGUGGGAUGCAGUGGGCUGGGGUAGUGGUGGGAAGUUUUAAAACCUAUUAAGUAUAAGGAUAAAGAACCUUCGGGAAACUCUGGUCUCACUGGACUCUGCAGAAUGGGGCAAGAGUGGGAAUACCAGUAGGAAAGAGCAGGUAGGUUCCACUGAUUAUCUGAGCCAGGCCCUCAUACUUCACUUUGCUGUACACACCCAGGAAAGAGUUUUCUGUUUCUCUCACACCACUUUUUACUUUUGCUGCCUCCUGCCCUCAUUCCCUCCAACUUUAUAGAGGAAAUGCUGUUGAGCUCAGGCCAAACCAUCCUAGUGAAAAGCUGACUUUGGACAGCACUGGAUGGAAGUCCUUGAGGAUUUUCUCUAUCCAGCAAGAGCUUUGCGCUUGUUGUCCUUGUUUCCCCACCCCUAACACAGGAUCCUCUGACCCUCUCAGGAGCCCCUCAUGCCCACGGUGUCACCAACACGCCUUACUCUUACUGCUGGGGUAUGGCCUAGGGUGUCGGGGGAGCUUCUCCCACAGCUCCUUGACUCAGUAGCUGCUAGCCCUAUCUGACUUCCUGUUGCCCUUCUCUGUCUCCAGAAUGAGACUGGGGAGAUCUGGCCAGGAGGCUGGAGUCAAGGACAGUGGGCUAGAAGUUAAUGUUCUUAAUUCAAAAGCCAAAGAGCCAGCUGAAUUCUGCUGCUGUGUUCCUGCCUAUAAAGCUCUCCAUGCCUAAGUUCUGGAGAAUUUCAUUGUCUAUGUAUUUUAAGCUUUGUUUCCUAGGUUCUGGGCAUGUGCCUGUCUGAGCCCCAGGCCUGUCUGUCCACAUCCCACUGUUCACUGUCUCUCCCUGGGUACCUCCUGAGAUGGUCUCAAGACAGUACCUUGUUGGUUCCUAGGAUGAGGAUCCAUCACUGUCUGCCAGGAAAUGUCGGUUCAAAUGAUAAAGGUGACAGGGGGCCAGAGCUGACAGGUUAUCUUUUCCUUGUUUUCUUGUUUCUGUUUUAGAAAUGAAAUGGGGGUUUACUCAAAAUGGUCAUUUAAACUGCACUCUGCAGCUUGCAUAACUGGAACAGCUUUUUCCAAAUAAAGGUUUACUUUUCCCCCA